GGUUUGGUCCCUUUUCUGCCGCCCAGUGAAGAUUAACGUGGGCUGCGAUGGGGUUGUAAGAAAACCAGCCUUCGGCGGGCACCGGGGAGGGGGGGGAAGGGGGAGACAAAAUAAGGAAUUGCCGUUUUCCUGGCGAAGCUGUGAUUUCCGGGCAAUUGGCUGUUAUACAGGAAUUUAUCUUUAGACUGCCGGCCUAAAGGGGUCAAUUGGAUGCUGCUCAACCCUGUUCUUUUCUUCCGUGGAUGGCCGGUUGGUCGUGGUGUUCAUCGUUCUACCAUCCCGCCUCCGCCCCUCCUCUGAGUCUCCAGGCGAGGAGCGCCACCGACCAAGACGGAGAGAAAUCCAGACAGUUUAUUUCUUCCAAAAUGGCUUGUUCCACAACUUGCUCAGGGGAAAAUGGAGAACAGGCCACUUCACAGAAUAACAGUGGUGAUAAUGAGAGGCAAUGGCAGCAGGAACGCCUCAACAGAGAGGAAGCUUAUUAUCAAUUCAUUAAUGCACUUAGUGAUGAAGACUACAGGUUAAUGAGGGAUCGUAACCUACUUGGGACUCCAGGGGAAAUAACAGCAGAUGAGCUACAGCAACGUUUGCAAAGUGCAAAGGAAAAUCAGUCAUCCCAGUCUGAGCCAGAAAAUAGAGAAUGGGAAGAUUCAGAGGCGCUUGGGGAAAACAUAACCAGCAACUCCUUGCUUGAGUGGCUGAACACAUUUCAUCAUACAGGAAAUUCCACACAUAGUGGCCAGAGUGGAAACCAGAGUUGGAGAGCUGUAAGCCAGGCAAACCCAAGUAGUGGAGAAUUCCGAUUUAGUCUUGAAAUAAAUAUAAACCACGAACAGAACAAUGAUACUGCUCCUGGGGAACAACUGAAUGAGUUCUUACAUGGCCAUUCCAGUAGAAUGCAUAUGGAAAAUAGACCUGUAAUUGCAAAUAGCCCAGUAGCCAGCCGAACUAGGAGCAGGACAUUAGCUAAUUCUGUUGGCCGUGGAUUUGUCUCAUCAGGAAUUGGAAACACUAGUGGUUUGCUGACUCAGAAUGCUGAAGAAAAUUCUCGAUUCUUCUCUGGUAGACUUGGAGCUAGAAGUUCAGCAAGUUCAACACCUAACAGCCUUUUAGACGACAAUGAACACAACAUCAUUAGGCAGAGGAGAACACAAAGAGUGACUCCAGUAAGAUAUCACAGAGGGAGAGCAAGAACUCGAAGAAAUUCAAGGCAAAGGACGGAAGUUUUAAGAUUAAGAUCAACUUUUAGAGGCCAAUUCCAGUCUCUAUUGGAAAAUGGGCAACCAGUCAAUAUACAACAAACGCAUGCAGGAGCUAAUAGGGCACACACAACCCAGCCUUCUCCAGAACAAACUGAGGAACAAGCAUCGUCACUCGGUAUAACUUUGGAAGAGGAAGAAUCAGUAAGAGAUGUAGCUGCAUCUAGAAGGCAUCCUAGUAUUACAUUAGAUCUUCAGGUGAGGAGAAUUCGUUCCAGAGAAAAUAGAGAUCGUGACAGUAUUGCUUCUAGAACUCGUUCGAGAGUAGGCGCGGCAGACAACUUGGUGACUCUCGAAAGUGAUAAUGAAGGAUUUAUUCAGAAUGUUUCACGAUCUGAAUAUGCAGGAGUACGGACAUACGUUAACACUAUACGGAUACCUCUUCAUAGGGCAUCAGAUGCUGGACUUGGUGAGUCUUCAUCAGUGGCUGUCAGAUCAAUUUUAAGGCAAAUUAUGACUGGAUUUGGAGAGCUAAGCUCCUUAAUGGAUACAGAAACAGGUUCUGAAGCUGAGAGGAAUAGUCAGCACUUGUCAGAAGUACAGCCCCCAGUGCCUAACUUAGAAACUUUAAAUAAUACUGAUGUAUUUAAUGCAACUUUGCCUAGGGAUAGAUUAACUGAACAAGAUAGCAGGCAGGGAGAAACAAAUUCUAUCCAACACCAUCAAAAUAAUAAUAACCCAAAUAGCAGAGCUUCUUCAUUUGUUGAAAAUGGAACACUUCCCAUCCUUCGCCUUGUACCUUAUCUUUUAUUAGAAGAAGAUUCCAGUGACAACUUGAGAGGGUUGACCAAAGACCAGAUUGAUAAUCUUUCUACCCGGAAUUAUGAGAUUCCCCAUUCAGAAGAUGAUGAAAUAAGUAAGACGUGCAGCGUCUGCAUUAAUGAGUAUGUUGUAGGAAACAAGCUAAGACAGUUACCGUGCAUGCAUGAAUUCCAUUUUCAUUGUAUUGAUCGGUGGCUUUUUGAAAAUUCCACUUGCCCAAUUUGUCGGCAACCUGUAGUAACUUAAUAUUGCGGGCAGUAGAAAAAUCCUCAAAUCCAGAGGCCUCUUUUUUUUUUCUUUUAACUGACUUUGAAUAAUAAGAGAGGGUGUUUUAAAUAUGUUUAAAGUAGGAGAAAAUCUGAUGGUUUGCUAAAGGAUCAACCUAACCUCCAAGUACAGAUAUAAGAGGUAUAAGAGUAAAUAUUCAAAUUACCUUAAUGAAAUUAUAUUUUUCUAUAUAAUUUUGUUAUGCAUAGCACUUGUGUAAUUCAGGAGCUUAUGUUAUUAAUAACAUACUUUUUAUUGAGAUUUCCAUUUGUUUUCUGCAGUUAUAAAGUAAUGUUAUUACUCUAUUAAUAAUCCCCCUUUUAAGUUGCCAAAGAACGAAGAUUGGAGCAUCUGGCAAAAAGGUACUUGCUAUUUGAAGUGCUUUUUAUAUACAGUGUAUAUUUUUAUGGACUACACUGAACAUUUGGCUUUAUUUAUUUGUUUUAUAUAAGUUUUGCAUGCUUUUUAUACAGUUUCUCACUGACACAUUAAGGGUUAAAUCUUAAGAUCAAUUGAAAUUCAAUUCACUCGACUGAUUUGGGCAGUCCGUAUUUUAGCAUAUACAGGCCUAAGGUUAGAGUGGAUGAUUGCUAAUCCUUACUUGCCACUUCUCUGGUCAUUUCAGAACAUUCAGAAAGGAGUGUAUAUUUAAUAUGGCCACGCAGCACUUUGGAUACAAAAGGAAAAUGAUGUUUUGGAAUGUUGCAGGAAUGUUCAUGUGGCCCUUGGCAACUUCUUGAAAGUUUGGCCAUACACCCAUCUUCGUUCCAGAUUAGCAUAAUCACAGUUUAGCCUUGGGAAAGAGGCUUUAGUUAAAAGAGUUGUCAAAAGAUGACUGAUACCCAAGCGCAGCACUGUGUUCCUUUCAAAUCCAAAGCACUGCACACCCAACAUAUUUAAUGCAUUUGACACACAUGAAGACAGACUAAUUUUAAAAGAAUUUUAAUUUGUACAUGAACAAGGGCAACAAUCAUACUUCCUUAACACCAUGCAUGGUUCCUUUUUAUAAGCAACAUUAUCAGUUUGCUGUGAACAAAAAGCAUGUAAUUAUUAUAUUAAAAUGGAGAAUUUCCAGAGGAUUUUGUUAAGAGAGAAUGUACUGUAAGAUAUCAGAAACAUCUGUAUUCUUGGGUUGAAAGCAUAUUAUAUCAAUACCUGAUAAAUAAAACUACAAAAAUGGAAAAGUUGUGAAUCAUUUAUGUCAUCUAAAAUACGAGUGACAUCAUUGAGGUAUUGCUUGUUCCUUUCUUGCAGCUAGUUGAACCUGUUGAGCUUGGUUUGUAGUAAAUAGCUUAAAGACAAGUAUAUAUCAAUUAAUUUUAGAAUAUCUUGUAUGUUGUUUCCCCAUAGAAUGGGGUGAACAGUCUAGGGAGCCACAGCAUUUCCUGAAAUAAUUUUUCUCUUGCAGUAGUACAUAUGGUAUCUUUUUGAUCACAGUAAACAUGGACAAGCAGUCCACUCCAGAUGUUAAAAUGAUAAAAUGCAAUAGCACUUAAACGUACAUAUUACUUUGUCGGGCUUUACACUAUGGGUAGAUCACAGGUGGUCUUUCCUUUUUCCCUCCUUUCUUAUAUCCAACAAAAAUAUUGUUCAGUGGAUCUCCUUUUAUUGUUUCCUCAAUUAAAAAAACCCUAAACAAAUGUUUCCUGUUCUUUAUCUAUAUUGGCCUCUAGCAUCAGCAAACAACAGGAUAUUAAACCUGAAUACAAAGUAGAACACAGAAAACUGUAUUUGGUAGGUAGUCCUUGAAUUAGAACCAAAACUGAGCCUGGAAUUUUGUUGUAAGUCAUUAAGGUUGUUGAACAUGUAACCUGACUCAAUUUUACAAUAGUUUUUGCAAUGUUAUUAAGCAAGUCAUUGGUGGUUAAGCAAAUCACAUGGUUGUUUAAUGUUGCUGUUAAGUGAAUCCAGCAUAUCCAAUGGGCAUUUUUGUUAUUCUCUAAUGCAAAACAUUAAAAAAGUUGCAAAUUGCAGUCACACAAUCAUGAUUGCCAAGUGAUCACGGGAUGUGUAUGUGUGGUAGUCAUGUCAAUGAGUAGCUUUUAGCUAUUGGUCAUUAAGCAAGGAGUACCUGUAGGUGUGAUGUAUGUGUGUAUCUGUGUGAUCACAUUAUCUGAAACAAAAAGGAAUCUAAAGUAGAAUUCCUUUCAUGAAAAGGAAUUCACAACCUAUUAUUUAGGUCCCCCCCCCCCCCCCGGUGCACUCAUUACCACCGUAACAGAUCCCAAUGAUCUUGCGGCUGGUUGCCCUCUUUUUCUUUCCAGCUUUCCAGCAUUAGAGCCUUUUCCAAAUAGCUGAGCCUUCAUAUAAUGUGCCCAAAGUAGGUUAAUUUAAAUCUCAAGUGAAAAUUCUGGUUUGACUUGUUCAGUGAUCCAUCAGUUUGUUUUCUUGGCUGCCCAUGGCAUUUGCAGGAGACUUCUAAAAUUCACAGGUGUCAGUAUCCUUCCUGUUCUGCUUUUUUAAAGUCCAACUCUAGCUGUCAAAGGAAAUAUCAUAGUUUGUCCAGUUCCGAUCUUUAUAGGUAUAGAAUUAUUCCAGCAUAUGAGCAUCUUUUCCAAGGUCUUCGUGGUUGCUAAUCUGCAGCUUGUUUACAAAAAUCAGAACCAGAAUUUAAUUCCUCUCUUUCUCACAGCAUUGUAUAUGUCAAUGUUAAAAGGCUUUUUUUUUUUGGAGGAAGGGGAAAUUUGAUACACAUGUGCAAGAUUUAAAGCAUCUAAACAAUUAAAAAAAAAUCUUAAGUAACUAACUUCUUAGAGCAUCUGCAAAUGGUGCACAUGGUUUUAGAGACCCCUGUAAGAGUUAGAAUAGGAGGGGGCUAGGGAAGAAGAGUUCUUCCAUAGUUUACCCAAGAUGGUGAAAGGUGUGACCAGCUAAGCAGAGGCCUAAGAAUUCAAGGACAAAGAAUGGAAGAGGUUCAGCGGUCAUCUUCAGUGGAUUGGGAAGGCAGAUGCUUUUUUGGAAAAGAACCAAAUCAAUGCCAGAACAGAAAAAUCCCUAACAAAGCAAUCCUACUAAAAAAAAAAGGUGCUUCAGAGGCUAGCUGGGUUUUUCAUAGAAGAUUGAAUUAUUGAACAGAGAGCAGUGUCUUUCUUCCCCGUUUUUGACUAGUCCAAGGCUUUUCUUCCUUGGAAAUACAAGCUAGUUAGAGGGAAUAGCUUUAUUAUAGAAUUACAAAAAGCCUGCAGUUAAGCAUCUGGGGGAGAAGGGUAGAUGCAUUUGACACGUAAGAAACUAAGGAAUGUUUAGACAGGUGUGAUAAAUACGCUGGAUUUUUUUUGUUAAGUUUCAAUAUUCACAUGUGCACACUGUACUCAGAAGAGGAACAAGACAGUCUAUACUAUAUAUACACAAGCUCUUUCUGUUCAUUAUUGUAAUCCUUCGUAAACAGUAAUAAAUGUCAACUGUGAUGAACAUCACAUCCUGUGUAUAUCUGGACUGGUUUCUUGUCCUUACACAUCCUCGGGGGAUAGAUGAAAAUCCUAUCCCCAUCAACUCAUCCACCAAAUCUGUAUGUUUUUCACAAACAUGUUUUUUCCCCUCUUCUGAUUUUUUUUAAAAUACUGGUUAUACAAAUUUUGUAUACUGAGUAUGCAAAUGCUUUACAAUUCUUACUGGAAUUGUUACAAAUUUGAUCAUCUUAAUGACUUGAAAAUGACUUGUUUUUGUUUAUCCUUUACAAACAGGAGCCUUUGUUGCUGCAAUUACUGUAUAAACUGGUAAAGUAUGCUAUGAGUAGUGGGAAUAUAUGAAUAUUAGCAAAGAACAUUGCUUUUCAAUUGUUACAGUUUAAAUUUAGAUAAAAUAGGUUUUGAAAUAGAGUAAGCUAAGACAGGUUUCAACAGAAAUCUUAUAUAAAUUGAACUUUAGGGCACCGAUAAAAUAUUUUGGGGAGGGAAUGUAGUUGCUGCCAAUAUAAUGUAUGUAUUCCUUUAUUUGUCUUAAAGCAUGUUUAUUGCAUACUUCUGAUAAAACUCUAAAAGCAGCUGAAAGUUCAAGUUUAAAAAACACUGUCCUUUGGAUGCCUCAGAUUAUCUAAAGGCAUGGCACUAAAACAUCAAAAGGUAUAUAAGGCAGAUUGGAAGAAAGAAAAUGUAGGCACAAAUGUUUACAGUUCCAAUUCUUCUAAAGACUAGAUGUGAUAGAAAGAGCUCAGGAUUCUUGAUGGAAUGACUAGGGACAACGGAAUGACUAUCCAGUAAUAAGAAAAAAGCUGAGCCAGUUUGAUAGAACAGUUUUACUUCCCUUCCUUCUCUUUAUUGCAGGCUAUGGAUUAGCUAUUGUUGUUUCCAGGGCUGUUUGUCAACUCCUCUUUAUUUGAGGAAAGAGUAUGCUAGACACAUUAUAAAUAAUAUAUAAUAUUGAGAUAGGGUGAUAAUCAUUUCAUAAUAGAGUUAAUAAUCUACAAUUACGGACUUUGAACAGAUCAUUAUUUCAAACACAUCAUUACUUCAGUGAAAGAACAGUAGGCUCAUUAGAAGGAUAAACAACUUCAAGAUACUAUAGCUACCAUAGUAUUUAAAAUAAGGAGCUACUAAAUCACGUUUCCUUUGUUCCAUUUCUAAAUCAAAGACCUUCACUGCAUAGUUCAUCUUGAAGGAUUAAUUCUGUUUUUUUGUUUUUUUUGUGGUUUUACAAAUGCAUAGCUUUUAGGGACUACAGCUUUUUUUAUCAUACUUGCAGAAAAUUUUGGGAUUUAAAUCCCAUCAUCUGAAGGGUGAUGAGGAAAGCAAUGUUAGCAUAUGUCAAUAGCCAUAAAACUGUUAAAAGAAUAUUAAAAAGUGGAUGAGAAAGGUCAUAGAAUUGCCAAUUUGCUGCACCCAAUAUACUACUAGAUCAGUUGAAAGAUUUCCUUCAAUGCCAAAGAAUUUCACAUUCAUGGCAUAUUUCUAUGAUUUCUAGUAGUAUUACAGAGCUUUCUCCUAAUACUUUUAAAAAUUUCAGUUAAAGACCAAAUCUUGCAUGUUGUAGCACUUUGUCCGAGAUAUUACAUCAAAACGUCUUAAUCGGGUACCAAAACAGCUUAUUGCAUUUUCUCUCUUUCUUAGGCAAUUGUCUCUUCCUCUUUGCCAGUGGGGAAUAGUCAGUCUUGGAAAGUUGUAAAAAAACAGACUUGGGACCGAAGACUCAUUGAUUUUAAGCCCAGUCUGGCCCUCCACCAUGAUUCCAAUACCUUUAUUAUUUAAACCUGUUUCAGAAUUGUUCUUCAUUUAUUCCAUGAGAUUAACUACUACUGGAAGAACUUGCUUUCUUCUGACCAUAAACAAAAAAAUCUGAGGAGGUGAAAACUGUGAUCUUCCAACUUCUCUCCUGUUGGUUUGCAGCAAGCAAAGCUUUAGGACAUUGAGAAUUCUUAACAAGACCAUUGGAUUGUUCUGCCUACCACCACAUUGCUUAAAAUGCUUUUCUUUUAAAGUACUCUCACAGUUUACAAAUGGAAAGCAGUAGAGCAAACAUUACUGAAAAUCAAGCCCUGAAAAUCUGAGUUUUCCACCAGACAUGUUUCUAAGAUUUAUUGUGUUUAGCCCUCAUAAAAAUUACGAUUGUUGAUUGCCUAUACAUUUUUUAUAUUUGGGAAAAAUAAAAAGCAUGUGAUUAUCACUUUAAAAAAAAUAAGUAGCACAUACUGGAUCCAACUCCACAACAUAUGGAUUCUUUAGAAUUUGGAUUCUUUUAUAAAAUUCAUUGGACAUUAACAUUAAUCAGUGGCAAGAUUAACAUAUUUGUCACAUAGAGGGGAUCAUUUUUUUAAACAAUCGUCCCUCCUCUGUAACUAUUGCACUGUUGCACCAACUACCAAACAGUUAAUCAGUGCAACCACAGAGUAAGCUGACUCCUCACCCACUACUGGUCUCUUCGUUAUCUUCAGCAGCACUUAGUGCAUGCCCCCUUGGUAUGCUACUAAUGGUAGUAAGUGUACCCCCCAAAAAGCCAUCAUCAGGGGUGGAGGGUAACCAAGGGAUCAAAUGAUUGUGUGUAGCAUGACAAUAUCAGGCAAAUGACACAAGUAAUUUAUGCAUCAUUAUGGUUUCUAUCAGAUACCUAUGUCUAUCUUCAUAAAAAUUAUUAACAAACGAAUCCUUGAGAUGUGUUAUUGUGAAAAUAGGUUCUCAUGUUUUCAGAAGUAAAUAAUCUAAUACUCCACCAGCUUGUUACGGUAGUAAGACUAAAAACAAAACAAUCACUUAUAUUGCUUUAUAUAGAACAGGUUGGAGAAAGAAACAUAAGAAAGCUGAAUAUGGAUUGUAUAAACAGAACUUGCAUAGCUGCUGGAAAUCUCUUAUGGUAUUUCUCAACUUUUCUACAAGUGAUAGAUUUUACUUAGAAGUUUUUAAAUUCCUGUGUGGCUAUUAGCUUACAGUUCUGGAGAUACCUGACAAAUGUUCUACUUCUAAUAUCAAUAUACUGCCUCUAUUUCCUACCAGGAGACUGUUUUUUAAAAAAAUCUUCUGCCUUUUUUUUUUUUUUGACUUACAUGUUUUCUGUGUUUUGCAUAACCUUACUUAGCAUAAAAAGAAAUAGUGUGAUGGGUUGUAUGUAUGUACACAUGCAUUAAAAAAUGGCCUCUUGGCAGAGAUGGGAAAAUUGACAAGUCUAAUGAGAGAGAAAUCUACAGAUGCUUUUAUUAAAGACUGGAGUCUGUUUAUGGUUCAUGUUA